AUGUCUGCGCCCAUGGAACAGGAAGCGUCUCUGGUUUCAAAGGGAUUACUUGGAGAUUUUAUACCAGAGAAUGAAAAAGAUUUUAUCAAUUUGGCGUCCUAUGUUACUAUAAUAACAGGGGCGUUAGUUGCACUAAUAUUACAAUUCAUAAGGACCCCAUAUGGACGCUAUGGGAGCUCAAGUUGGGGUGUGCUAAUUCCUAGUCGUGUAGCAUGGUUGAUACAGGAGUUGCCAGCAUUGUUUGUCCCAGUUUCUCUUAUAUUCUGCACCGAUUCUUUGAAAAAAAGUGCUACUGCUAAUCAAGUUCUUCUGUCGGCCUUUAUAGUGCAUUAUUUCCAAAGGGCCUUGAUUUAUCCCUGUUUAAUCAAAGGAGGGAAACCCACUCCAUUUGUACCAUUCUUCCUGGCUCUUGUUUACUGCACAUUUAAUGGAUAUCUGCAGGCCAGGUUCCUUUUGCAGUAUGCAGACUACCCAAACCACUGGGUCCUAAGUCCAAACUUUAUUAUUGGUUUACUGUUGUUUGGUGUUGGAAUGUUUGUUAAUAUACACUCUGAUCAUGUUUUGAGGAAUUUACGUAAACCUGGAGAAACUGGUUACAAGAUCCCACGAGGUGGAAUGUUUGAAUAUGUUUCUGGAGCAAAUUUCUUUGGAGAAUGUUUGGAAUGGACUGGUUUUGCCAUUGCUUGCUGGUCUCUCCCAGCUUUAGCUUUUUGUAUUUUUACUUGGCUGAACACUGGGCCAAGAGCCUUUCACCAUCACCAGUAUUACCUAGAAAAGUUUGAUGACUAUCCAAAAGAGAGGAAAGCUUUGCUACCCUUUUUGAUGUGAAAUGUAUUGAACUUAUUCCUAGUGGCAUUGCUUAAUACCUGACAAAAUAAUUGUCAGUAUUAUAUGAUCUAUCAUGCACAAAUUUGUUGAUUCACACCAUCUAUUUUUUGUUUGUUUUAUAAUUAUUGUAACACUGACAAUCAUUUUUAACCACAUAAUGUUCAGCAAUUUACAUUAUUUCAUUUCAUCUAUUUUAUACAUAUAGUAAACUAAGAACGAUAGUCUCUGUACAGACUGCUGUCAAUAUUAUGGCCACAUCUUUUCAGUGCCAAAGAAAAAUUUAUAAAGAACUAGAGAUUUGUGCAUAUAUUUGUUAUUACACUGCAGAUCUGAUGAAAAAAUAAUGCACAGAAAUAAAAUUUGAAGUAUUUCCUGUAGGUCUAUUUGAUAUGGCUUUGAUCCAUAGUAGCAGUAUUACUUUGUAAUUUAGAAUUUAGUCAGUUAUUUUAAGGAAAGAGAAUUCCAAACACAACUGAUGUACAAAUACAAACAUUUUAAUAUGUUCUUAUUUACAUUUAUUAAUUCCGUUUGUUCUUUUAUUUACGUUUAUUGAUUCCGUUUUGUGUGUUUGUCUCAAAACUUACGCAAAUACACAUGAAAUUCUUUGUGAAGAAAUAUGUUGCCAUGUAGAGGUGUUAAUGUACAAUUGCCAUACAAAAUUCCAUAUCUGUUUGUGCUUUGGGCCAAUCCAGUCGCUAUUUUUUCAGGAAAUUAAUAAAAACUAGAUGCUUUAAA